UACGGAAAGACAGAGUCGAGUCUUCGGUGGGUGUUCAAAAGAAAGUGCUGUAUUUUUGUGUUUUUUUAAAAGACUUUGUAUAUAAAAGCUCCAACUCGCAAACUUAAUGUUGCAAACGCAGCUGACUUGCACUGCAUUGGUGAAAGAGUUCACAUGAGUCAAAGUGAUUUUGACUAAUGGAGAUCACACCGAAAGCAGCCAAACUGUCAUGUGGGUCUUCAUCACCUUGUUCAGUGGAGUCAAGCCCCUCUGAGUUUAAAGAAGAGAAGCUUCAUUCCGGGCUGAGUGCCUCCCUAAGGGAAAGGCUGAAGAGAACGCGGCGCUCCUUCAUCUCCCCCAUUUCUGUGGCCAAGCGCCUUUGUGUUGACGGUGAGGAGGAAGAUGGCCCGCAUGCUCCAGCAGACUCCCAGGAGACUAUCGCUGUCCACACUGUGGAUGCAAACGGGACUGAGGUGAAGCUGGGCAGGGAGAGGUUGCCCUCACUUCCUCCCCAGCCAUCACUCAUGUCCUCAGGAGAUUUAGCUCUACAGCUGAGGAAGGAAGUAAAGGAGAAAACAGAGACACUGCGUCGACUCAAGAUGGUGAAAAUGUACAGAAGCAAGAAUGAUUUGACGCAGCUCCAAACGUUGAUUGACAAGUGGCGCAGUUGUGCUCAGGCUGCUCUGUAUGAGCUGCAGUCAGAGUUCCCCAUAGACGGAAGGAAGGCCGACCUGUCCGAGCUCAUUGACCUCUUUGGUCUGGAUGAUAGCAUUCUGUGCUUUGACCGUCCAGAGGGAAACUUCACUACAUAAUGCCAGAAGUAUCUUAAGUCCAUCAAGGACCACAGAAAAGAGUUAACACAAUUCAUCUUAUUUAUUCUUUGAGCUUGUUCUUGUUCACAGCAAAAAAAAAAAAAAA